AUGGUGCGAUCAAGGGACAUGUUGAUCUGCAGCCUGCUUCUCGGCGUACAGGCCGUCUGGGCCGCCCCACCAAAGGCGGCAGGAAGUGCAGGAAACAGCCGCAGUCCGGGUUCUGGGGCUACUGCUAUGGGCGUAAGCAGCGCUACGAAUGGCCAGCGGACGCUCAAGGGCAGAUUCCUGCAUAUUACUGACUUCCAUCCCGAUCCUUUCUACAAGACAUACGCGAGUACCACCUCGGAUGCAGCCUGCCAUCGCGAGCGUGGCCCGGCCGGCAUUUAUGGCGCAGAGACGACGGGCUGCGACUCGCCCUUUGCCCUCAUCAACCAGACGUUUAGAUGGAUAAACGACAACUUGAAAAACGAAAUCGACUUCAUCGUGUGGACUGGUGACUCGGCGCGACACGAUAAUGACGACGCGAUUCCGCGGACGCAAAAGCAGGUCAUAGAGCAGAACGAGUACAUGGUGUCAAAGUUCACAGAGGUUUUUGGACAGAACGGGCACGGUGGUGGUACGAAUGCCUUUGCUAUACCAAUCGUGCCGACUUUUGGCAACAACGACAUAUUGCCUCACAACAUCUUCACGAGCGGUCCAAAUCGAUGGACGACCAAAUACCUGGAUAUCUGGCGUGGCUUCAUACCGGAGGCACAGAGACAUCAGUUUCAGCAGGGAGGAUGGUUCUCUGUUGAGGUGAUUCCGGGGAAGCUGGCCACCAUAAGCCUGAACACCAUAUACUUCUUCACUUCCAACUCUGCCGUCGACGGCUGCGCGAAGAAACACGAACCCGGCUACGAACACAUGGAAUGGCUGCGCAUCCAGCUUCAACUCCUACGAGAACGCGGGAUGAAAGCUAUACUUAUGGGUCAUGUUCCACCCGCCCGAGUGGAUGGCAAAGAGAGCUGGGACGAGACAUGCUGGCAGAAAUAUGCCCUUUUUGAACGACAGUUUCGCGAUGUCAUUGUUGGCAAUCUCUUUGGGCACAUGAACAUCGAUCAUUUCAUGCUGCAGGAUUUUGAGAGCAUCGAAAAGGACACAGAAAAUGGCCAUAUGGGGGUCUCUGUGCGCUCAGCUACAUCGGGCAACGAGGUAGAACUCUUCGAGGAUGGCGAGGUGACUGUCGCGUCGGCCACAGACUACCUACUCAACCUACGGCAGGCUUGGGCUCAACUUCCUGCGCCGCCGGUGAAGUCGAACAAGAAGUUACGUACAAAGUACAGUGACGAAGAGGAAGAGGAAGAGGAAGAGCAGGAAGAUACAGUGUGGGAUUGGCUCGCGUCCAUGGUCUCAAGAUCGUCAAAAGAUCGGAAAGAGGAGAGGAAGAAAUACCUCGAGAAAAUCGGAGGCCAGUACGCUGAACGCUAUGCAGUAACUCAUGUUGCGCCGAGUAUAGUACCAAACUACUUUCCUACACUCCGCAUCAUCGAGUACAACAUUACUGGUCUAGAAAAUUUCGACGUAUCAACUGGCUCCAGCAGCCUACCAAUCGUGGACGCGUCAGCCGGGCAGAUGCCGAUCGCUGCCACCGACUAUGAGGAUGACGAAGACUAUGUAAGGCAUCUUGAGACCGUACAGCGAAUGAAGCACAGGGGCAAAAAGGACAAGAAGAAGCGGAAGUACAAGUUCGAAGUUCCGGACGGCCCUUCCAAAACUGCACCGCCUGGCCCUGCCUACUCACCGCAGACUCUUACUUGGACACGCUAUGUUCAGUACUUUGCAAAUCUCACUCGCAUCAACAACGAUUUUGUUGAUUCACCACUGAACGCCGUCGUUGUUCAGGACACGUCUGCAAACGAGUUCGCUGUGAGCACCAUCUUUGGAUUCGAGAUUGGCCCAGACGGCAAGAUCAAACAGAAGAGGUGGAACGAAGGGAAACAUAAGAAACAUCAAGGCAAGCAGCCGCGACCUGAGCCACAUCCUAAUGAGUUUGUGUUUGAAGUAGAGUACGACACGAAGAAAGACAAAGGCUUUUCCGAUCUCACCGUAAGACGAUGGGUCGAGUAUGCAAGGAAGAUUGGCUCAGGCGAAUCGAAAUCGAAAUUUGUCGAUGUUGAAGAGGAGGAGGUUGUGAACGAGCAUCUUGGAGAAGAUGAAUAUGACGCCAAAAAAGGCAAGAAACACAACAAGGGAAAGAAGGGUAAACACCACAAGAAGCACGAGAUGUCAAAAGAGUGGUUCACGUUUGCCAAGCGCGCAUUUGUAGGGACCUUGGAUCCACAUGAGAUUCAGGAGUUAUUUGGCAGUGCAUCAGCAACAGAGUCAUUGGAAGGGGCGCAAGAGGUCAUGGAGUUGUAAGCAAGAGAGAAGCGCGCGGUUCAUGUUAUGUUUGAGUGGGAUGUUGAGGCACGGUAUACCCUUUGAUGUUUGGUGGCGUUUAUAUUUCCUUUUUCCAGCAUCCCGUUGCUUGUAUCUUGCAUCAACCCUAGCUGGUCUUGUCUCGCUAUUUAGGGCGUAUGGCGAUUGAACGCAGAGCUACGUGAUAGAUGAUGAAGAAAUGAUUUGCAUUGG